AUGGAGCGACACACUACUUCACCCUCCAAUUUAGUUCAGACUAUCCGGGACUGCCUGUCUGGAAUGACAUGGACAGCAUUCCUUGGAGUCUUGGUGUUUUCAUGCAUCGCUACACGCGUCAUUAGCGGAUUACAGAGCCGACAACGUGAAUUUGACCUGAAUGAGCCACGUACCUCACGAUUGGCACCGUACUGGUUCCCUUGGAUCGGACAUGGAUUGCAAAUUGCCUGGAAUCAUCUCGGCCUCUUCAAAUCUUUACGGGAAUCCAUGAAUGAGCCUGUGUUUGGCAUCUACCUUUGGGGCGAAAGCUACGAUACAGUGGUAUCACCAUCGAUGAUAAACACUGUGAUGUCUUCAAAUGCAUCAAAUGCUCCUCUGCUCGACCAAGCUCUUCAAAAUGUCUUUGGCGACCGCAGUCUUGUGCGCAGCUUGCAAGUGAACCGCGACCAGGAAACCAGUGACAAUGUAGCUGAGUUUGUAAGCAAAGACUCAUUUGCGACUGAAGUGUCAGCCCUCAUCACCAAGUACUUGCAAAAUAAUGUUUCAAACUUUGUCACAUUCUCUCGCAGCCCUGUUGACAUGCCCGCUUGGGAACGUGAUAGCGAUGUGACAAUGUCGGAGGAAGACAACUCGGUCUGCGAAGUGAAGCUUUAUGAGCUCGUGCGGAACUUUAUGGGCCACAAUCUUACAACCUUGCUGAUGGGCGAGGCCUUUCUGGAAAAUUUCCCCAUGUUCCUGGGAGACCUAUGGACACUGGACAGAAACUAUGUCCCAUUGUUUGUUGGAGCUCGUCGCUGGGUUCCCAGCCCCGGAGUGUCAUCGGGAUUCGCUGCACGGGACCGGCUCAUUCAUGUCAUGUCGGUCUUUUACCGCGCAUUCUCAGCCUUUGAUGAUGGCAUUGACCCAGGGAUUGAACUUCGUGACCUCGAUGAUGUUUCCGAGUUGGUAAAGCAGAGAAUGCGGACCUUUCGGAGAUUGAAUUUGUCUCCUAGAGCGAGCGCGGCGGGUAAUUUGUCUCUGUAUUGGGACAUUGUUGAACACACCACGAAGAUAACCUUCUGGAUGAUUGUCCACAUCUUUGCGGAUAGCGCGCUUCUGAAAGAAAUUCGCACCGAAAUCGCCUCCUGCGUGAAAAGUAUUCGGCUCAGCCGCGAAGAGACCGGCUUUCCCUUUGAUGAGCCUCCCAAACUCGAUCUCGAUCUCGAAAAAUUACUUGUUUCAUGCCCAAUGUUCAAAGCAUGCUACUACGAGACCCUUCGCAUGCACUCGGCAGGAAUCUCGCUCAGGAAGUUGAAUUCAGACCUGACUCUCACCGAGUCGAAAGAAGAUGCAAGUGAACCUCGCACAUACAAGCUUUGCAACGGCAAGAAGGUCAUCAUGCCGCACGGCGUGUAUUACAAUGAUCCCCAGCGCUUCUCCAACCCAGGCCAGUACGAUCCGCUACGCUUCAUCGUGACCGAACCUACAACCGGUGCCAACCAAGUUAAUGCAGACCCGAUUGCUCCUUUCGCGGACGGUCUGUACGGCUCAAAACACAACAAUUUCACGGAGCGGGUCAUCCUUGGCUUUACCGCGUCUAUCAUAUCGAUGUGGGACAUCCAAUCGGCGAGUGAGAAGGAGCUCGCAGUGCCCCCGCACAGGACAACCUGGGGCGCGUUCCACCCAGCAAAGGACAUCAAGGUGAAGUUGAAGCCGAUGGUAUAA